CGGACCGACUCAACAGCAUAGCGUCAUGUCAACCUCUCGCAGUCGCCAUCACUUGACCAUCGCCGAUAAGAAUCGGCUCCGGCGCCACCACCAGCUACACCCAGAGCUGACGCAGGAGCAGCUACGUGAGUGGGCGUAUGCGACGUUCGGUCAGUGGGUAGCACGCUCUACUGUGGGUCACAUCGUGCGCGCACCCGAAGAAGUAUGCGCCAACCCGGAGGCCACACGCUUCCAGAGUGGCCGCUACCCAGACAUGGAGCAGGAACUGUACGCGUUCAUCGUGGCACGGGCGACGCAGUUGGGCGUGGACCUCAAACAACUGGACAGUAGUGGAGGGAUACUGAGCGACUCGGAGCUAUGGACCAAAGCUAACGAGAUUCUCAAACGCACGCGAGGCAGCCAAGAGAGCGUGUCGGUGGCCUGGGUGCAUCGCUUCAAGAAGAGACACGGCCUACAUCGGUCGCAGUUGAAACGUGCGGCUACGGAGGCGGCAACUCUACAGACAGUUACAGAGCAAACGAUUGAAGAGCAGGUUUCUAACAACUUCGUUCUAGAUACAGAGCUUGCCGAGCCGGCCAGGAAGAAGGUCGCAACUGUUGCUGGCAACCGCUCCCACUUCGUCUCGUCCGACGACAUUUUGCUGCUGACACACGUGCUGGCUAUCAAGCCAUGGACAUUCCCGUACGUGAUGGACGGAUGGCAGCAAGUGACGCAGAACUUGCGACGGGAAGAGUCGUUCCGAUUGGACAAAACAGCGGGCGCGUGUCAGGCGAGGUUGAGUCUGCUCUUGAGUCACUUCAAGGCGGACAAUACCAUGGCAUUAAGGAAAUCGGGCACAGAUGACGAGUUCGACACGAAAUGCGCGUUGCUCGCCGAGGUGACGAAGCAGACGGAGGAGUAUGACAAAGGGAAGAGCAAUUUGCCGGUAGUGGCCGCAGAAUCGUCGCCCUCUGUCCAGCCAAACCCUGUAGCUUUGAAUAUCGCACUCCCUGAUCUAGUGCAGGAGCGAGAGCGGAUGGCUCAACGUCGUCUAGAGUUGAUGGAACGCAAGAUGGAGCGGGAGCUGGCUGCGCAGAAACGUCAUUCGGAGCAACAGGUGGCACGACUGGAGAAACUGCAUCACGAACAGCAACAAGUUCAGCAAGAGCAACACGCACAACUACUCGCGACAAUCCAGCAACAACAGGCGAUGAUGUUUGACCUCAUUAAGUCGUUGGCUCCUGCUCCCGUUGAGAGCCAAGAACAGGCACAAGCGUAG